GUUGAGCUCAGAGCAGGUCAGUGACAGCAGCAUUAAAAACACAGAUUGACUGACUUCUUUUCAAAAAUAGCCCUCACUGUAAUUUUUGCUCGUGAUAUGCUUUACUGAAGUGACGGUCCUAUUCGGAAUUUCCUUUGCCUUUUGUGCUGUCUGAGUGAAAUCAUGGCAGAAUUCUGGCUGAUAUCGGCUCCUGGAGAGAAGACCUGUCAGCAGACAUGGGACAAAAUGAACAUAGCCACUACUCGCACCGCCAACCUGUCCACCAACAGCAAAUUCACCAUUCCAGAUCUCAAGGUGGGAACACUUGAUGUCCUUGUGGGUCUGUCAGAUGAGCUUGCCAAACUCGACUCCUUUGUUGAAAGUGUGGUGAAGAAGUUAGCUCAGUACAUGUCUGACGUUUUGGAGGACAGCCGAGAUAAAGUCCAGGAGAAUCUUUUGGCCAAUGGAGUUGAUUUAAACACCUACGUCACAAGGUUCCAGUGGGAUAUGGCCAAGUAUCCAAUCAAACAGUCCCUGAAGAACAUCUCAGAAAUCGUCUCAAAGCAAGUGACUCAGAUAGACAAUGAUUUGAAAGCCAGAGCUUCAGCCUACAACAGCAUAAAGGGCAACUUGCAGAACCUGGAGAGAAAGAAUGCGGGGAGCCUUUUGACAAGGAGUUUGGCUGACAUCGUGAAGAAAGAGGACUUUGUACUUGACUCUGAAUACCUUAUUACUAUGCUUGUAGUUGUUCCAAAAGCAAGUUACCCUGACUGGCAGAAGACAUAUGAAACCCUCUCUGAAAUGGUGGUUCCACGAUCUUCCAAUCUGCUGUUUGAAGACCAGGACAGUGGACUGUUCAGCGUCACUCUCUUUAGAAAGGCCAUAGAUGACUUCAAACUCAAAUCCAGGGAAAACAAGUUUAUUGUGCGUGACUUCCAGUAUAAUGAAGAGGAGAUGAAGGCAGACAAAGAGGAGUUGACUCGACUCUCUACAGACAAAAAGAAGCAGUUUGGGCCUCUGGUACGGUGGCUGAAAGUGAACUUCAGUGAAGCUUUUAUCGCAUGGAUCCACAUCAAGGCUCUCAGAGUUUUUACAGAGUCUGUCUUGAGGUAUGGAUUACCAGUCAACUUCCAAGCUAUGCUUUUGCAGACCAAUAAGAAGAACAUAAAGAAGCUGCGGGAGGUCCUGCAUGAGCUCUAUAAACAUCUGGACGGCAGUGCUGCUAUUAUUGAUGCCUCCAUGGAUAUCCCUGGUCUGAACCUGAGCCAGCAGGAAUAUUACCCCUACGUUUAUUACAAGAUUGACUGCAACCUUCUUGAUUUUAAAUAGAGCUGCACCAGCACAUUCUACAUCCAUGGGACACAGGGAAUUUCAGCAUUACAGGAAUGCUUCAGUGUCUUUGAGUGACAUAUGAUGUUUAUUUUAAUAAAUGAUGUUCUUUUUUUUUUUUUUUUUAGAGGUUUUCUCUAACAAAGAGUCAUAGGGGCUCACAGAGUUCACAGAGGACAUACAUGUGUCCAGUCUUAAAAUAUUGCCUGUUUCAAGUCUGCAAAACUCUUAUUUAAAUUGGCUUAUGACUUUUAAUGUCAUACACAUUUAACAGGUGUUUACUCAAGGUAUGUUGUAUAAUGUCAUACUUACAAUACCUGUAGGUUCACAUCAUCUGUCACUACCCCUUGUCCACUGACAUAACAAUUAUUUCCAAAAUGCAAAUUAUAAACACUUAUGUUCUUUUUGGAGUGUACUCUAAAAAGUCAUUUUCAGGCACCAACAAAGUCUUAACAUUAUCAUCGCUGAACAAAAUCUAUAUCUCCAUUUUUUUUUUUUUUUUUCUCUACAUAAUUUGAAAAUGCCAACUGUCCUUUACUUUGUGUCAGAAUUUCAUGAUUAAUGGACCAAUAUAAAUGUUUCAGAAUGACUUGGAAUCAGAUCUUGUUAUACCGAAUGUUGAAAAGGUUUUUUUUUUUCCUUCUUUUAUGAAGUUACUUUUUUGGACGUGCAAGAUUUUGUUUGAAGGUGAUGAUAUGUGGAACCUCUGCAUGCCUGUUGGAAAAGCAUUUGAGAGGGUUUCUCAUGAAGUUGCUUGAGAGAAUGUGAAGAGUGCAUAAAGUUGACAUCAAAGCAAAAACAGGCUACUUUAAAAAUGCAAAAUAUAAGAUUUUUCUUAUACUAUAGUUUUUUUUUUUAAAGAUCCAUAACUUUAUUGCCUUCAUAUCCUUCACUACAUGCCUUGCCCCUCAUGUGCACUCUUAACAUGAAAACUUGUAUUUUGUUGUGAUCGACUAUGAAGAAAAGAAAACGGCCGUAUUGACAGCACACAUACUCCUUUUCAAAUCAGUUUGAAUGCAGUAAACCCACUACAACAACGUUUUGAUAUAUUAGCACCUUGGCAGAUUGGAAACAGGCCUAUUUGGUCAUUUUGAAGCUUAAUUCUCACAUGUACUUUUAACCUCCAUUGAGUGACGUAAGAAAUCACUGAACUGACUGGCAACAUGUGAUUACUCUAAGAAAAAAAGCAUAUUUCACUCUAAAAUAUAGAACUAUUCCUGUAUUAUUUGUACUUUCUUGUUCACCACACUUUCUUCCCCCACAAAUCUCAAUCAUCUCAUUCCUGACAUUGUCGAAUGUAUCACACGGGCAUGUCGCCGUUUUUGAGUCACAGAGCUUCAGGGUCUGCUUGGUAUGUUUCAACAGAUUUCACGUGUUUACAGCAGAAGAAUAAUCUUGGCACUAACAUUCAGUGCUCUGCUACUGUGUUAUGGUCUGACACACAACCUGAGACUGAUAUCAUGUUUUUCUCUCAAAAGGUGCUGUUUCAGUCAGGCUUUUGAUUAUAAUGUCUCCUUGUGAUUCCAGUGUUUGUUGUGUAUUUGUAGAAUUAGUGAUUCUGUUUGAUUUUGCUGUCUAGAGCCAAUAUCUCAAUGUCUUGUCUGUCAUCUGUGAGGUCAAAAUUUAUUUAUAUUGAAACACAACAGUGAUCGUUGAUGUUAGAAAGAUCAAUAAACAUACAAAAAUAA